AUGGAGCCCUUCCCUCCUAUCGAUCCCCCCUUCAAUGCUUUUCUGGGCCCGCAAGUCGAGAUCAACCUGCGACGGGCCAACACCGUCUCUCCCGGCAACAUAAAAAGGAAUCUGGAGCUGAAGGCUGCACGCGACAGAACAGGGGUACGCGCCAAGGACCCCGAAGGGAAGCUGCAACGGUCGCAAACACAUCGACCACUAGUGGCGCGUCCACCCGGGAGGAAAGUCGGUCACUUCACGGUGCGAAGUGUCGGCCAGAAUGGCAAAAUAUUCCUGAGACCAAUUGCCGAUCUGCCAAAGAGCCAGCCAGCGCCCUUCCCCGUCGAGACGAAACCCACUUUGCUUCAGCCGCAGCCUGCAUCCGCCCGAGACGAUCCGUCCAGGUGGUCUAGCUCCCAGCUCUCAGAAUUACGGCCGCGCGAACGCCCCGAUCCCGAGUAUGUCUCCGAGUCGCCCCCCGAACUGUCGAGCACGCAUCGUACCAGACCCAAUUCCUUUUCGACCAUGUCGGAGCAACAAUCCACGACCGGCGCGGGGAAACGGGGAGAAUUGCGAAUCGUGAUCGAUAGAUCAGAGGAUCGUCCCAAGUCGGCGGAUGAGAAUUCGGUGCUGGAGAGUCCCACGCCUCGCUUCCGGUUUGGGUCUCCGCGGUUAAAUGAGGGCGCUGCGAUGCCCGGCUUGGUCUACACGCGAAGUUCAAUGUCGGACAACUUUAGAAACUCCACCCUGCUUGGAGGCAUGGCAGACCCGCUGCCGGGUCUUCAUACGCCGCAUGUUCGAGAUUCUUUCUCGAGACACCGACCAUCUUUUGCGAUUUCAAUGUUCUCCGGCACGGCUGCGGCCAUUGAUAUGAGCCGGUCUUCGCCGAUUCCGCGCAAUUCCAUGGUGUAUGAAUUGAAAGAGCCGGUUGAGCCAUCUAUAUACGAAACGCUGGUAUAUGAUAUGGAUGAUGGAUCGGUGGUUCGAUACGUCCCUGGCACAAAAGAUAUCAGUGCUGCGACACCGGCGCGCAUCGUCGCGCAAAUCUCUUCUGAGUCCUUCAUGGAUUAUGAGUUGGUCUCGGACUUCUUUCUCACCUUUCGUUCCUACCUGUCCACUUCUCACCUGCUGGCGCUUCUCCUCGCGCGGUUAAAGUGGGCGAUUAACCGACUACAAGAUGAUGGGCGAAUCAUCAGAAUCCGCACAUUCGCCGCUUUGCGCCAUUGGAUCCUCAAUUACUUUGUGGACGAUUUUGUUACGAAUUACGAACUUCGAAAUCACUUCUGUGAUACCAUUAAUGAGCUUUAUGCAGAGGUCAGAUCUCGGGAGAAUGGCGGCACAAGCGACCGCAAGAUUCUCAUCGACUUGAAGCGGUGCUGGAACGGCAAGUGCUCGGUCUACUGGGCUUCUCCCGACCUGUCUCGAGCAUAUAACGACCCUGAGAUUCCUAUUGUCCCUGGAAGCGCUGAAAUUGAGAUACCCCAAGCUGAAGAGCUGCAGCAUGCAUUGACCCCAACCGCGGAUACCACCUUUCGCCAAAGUAUUCCUUACCCUGCCCAGCAUGACCGGAACGAUUCUGGUGCGACAGCCGCCAGCAUACCAUUGUCGGCUAAGAGCGAGCAAAGCGUGAUGGCACUGUCGUGCUCACUGCCUCCAAGAUCACCUAAACGCUUCUCCAUGUCUGCUUCCAAAGUAAAAGCACCACGACCGGUCGUGUUGGGUCUCACGAAAUCCAAGUCUCCAUCCAGGACUCACGAACGGCCCUUGUCGCCCGCAUCUCCUAUGGCGUCGCGCCCAUACCACGGCCAUAGUCACCAAAGAAGUGGAAGCUUUUCAGACUCGGUGCGAGAUGAUCGACAGCCGGUGUAUGGAACAGUACCACAGUCCGGACCGAUUCCACAGGAGGCGUUAGAUACGGUUAGUUUGAUUCGGGGUGAGCUGUUCCCUCCUGCCGAAUCAUACAUGACCAUGAUGGCACCCGACUCGCCUCCCCUUCCUCCACCAUCAAAGAACAACAACCCAGAUCGUCGAAGUACCCCCGAUGUGCCGAAGUCAGCCCCUAAUUCUGGCAUGAGGACCAUCAUUGGCUCGAUCAAGCGGGCCUUGCAUACAAGGAAUGGUGGGCAAAGUGUGUCUGCUCGUAUCGCCAAUGCCCAUGAAGCACUUUCUCUGCCCUCCCGCGGUAAAACGUCUGCGCUACCAACUGGAAUGGCAUUUGGUUCUGAAUACUACCGUGAAAGAAAGAUGGCCGCUGUUCCAAAACGCCCUGCCAGAAUCGACACCCUGUGCGAUGAGGUGUUGAAGCAAUAUCGUUUGGUCAUGAACAAGGAAACCCCAGAGGAACAGAACGAGCCGCCAGUCCCUCAGAACCACCUUCAACGACCGGUGUCCAACACCCAUCUAUCCCCACCGCAGAACGAGACCGAUCCCAAAACUAGAAGUGGAAUCACCAUGGGUAGUGGAUCAAUCGUCAUCGUCGAUGACACAGGUUUUGAAAUGCCCUUCAUGUCAGGAGCAGCACAAGAACAGGAUGCCACGACUGAGGUCCACGAUAUUGGGUAUCCUAUUUCAGAAUUUCGAGUGCCAGAGGACGCCGCUUCGACGCAAUCGAUCCCGGUGGAAGGAGAAUACCUUCGAGCAGUGCGUUACAAUGCCGAGGAUUCUGGAAGAGCGCCUCUGUCAAACGUUUUUUACCCACCUCGGCCUAUUACGCCACAGAGAUCAUCUUCUGUUGAGCGCAUAUCAACGGCGCUAAAAAAGAAGAGCCCGCUGUCUCUUCGCCUUCGCAAAUAUGCAUCAUUCCAAAGUGGAAUCUCACGAAAGCGGUACUCUCUGAACAGCGAGUCCACCGUUGCGUCUACCUUGCACCAGGACCAAAGUGGGAACCAAGGAGGCCCCGCUCUUCGCAGGCGACGAGGCGGGAAUUUGCGUCAAAUGCAGACCGGCCACGAAUCACAAGAUCUCUCGAGUCGUGAUUCAUUCGCUUCUUGGGAUGACUCGUCUGUCGAUGAGUAUGCCCCCUCUGAUGGAGAUGUCUCGAGGCCCCCUUCAACUCUUAUUCCACCCAACCCCCGGUAUUCGCUCAUCCAGCCCCGCAACUCUCGGCAGAUUAGACGCUCUUUCGAAUCCGUCAUUGCCAAAUUUGCGCAGAUUCCAGAUGACGAUGAUGGUGGCAUUGAGUCUACGUUGUUGAAACUAGAAGGAAAGUGGGAUGGGCCCUCAAGUGCCGGUAAAGAUUCUGCAUCUACCCAGACUGGCGGAUCUAGCUCUCACCGAGAACAACCUCUGGUGCCCCGUGGGCUCGAUACAGCAAAGCCGGGGUGGGAGGUUCUCUCUCGCAGGCGGCAGACCGACAGGUCGGCUUAUUCCACAGUUGGGGGGCGAUUAGCACCCCCACGGCCUUAUUCUGACUCCGUGGCCGAGUCGGAAGAAUCCUACAAUUCAAUCCCCCUUCUUGAGCGAGGUUUGACCGAUGAGUCGAUGAAGUGGCAGCCUACAAGCCACCCAGUCCAUCAUGAUCUGAACGGUGCUCCGCUCAGCCUCAUAUCUAGCCGUGAUACCUCUGAGUUUGCGUCUUCGCAUCCCUCAAUUCAGCUCGUCCACGAAACUGAAAGCAUCCGUCGCAUCCCCGCCGGCUCAACUGUCCCCGCCGUGGCCGACGACUCAGGUCAAAUCACCCCAAAGCGUUUCUCUGUUCUGUCAUCUGACGGCUCGGUUGACGUGAUUGACCGACGUGAAGCUAUGGGCCCACGCCAAUCUACAGACACUCGCAGUAUCGACUCAUCAACCGUUGAAAUUCCACCGCAUCCCUUGGCACACCCUCCAUCCCCGCCAAUGACUAUCCAGAAUCCGGGAUCUUUUACUUCCCGUGCCUCGCCAUUGAACACAGUGCUCUUCCAGGCCCAGCCUCUCACACCUGACACAUCCCCGCGACACAAGGAUGCUACAAAAGCAGCCUCGCGGCCCAUCAAUAUCCAACAGGUUUCGAGCGACGUCUUAUUUGACUCAGAGAACAACCAUCACGAACAAAUCCCUACUAGCCUCCUCCCCGAUCAUGUUCCGUUCGUGCUCGCCUGUGAAUCCCAAGUUCUGGCUCAGCAAUUAACUAUUAUCGAAAUGGCUGCCCUGCGCGAAGUCGACUGGCGAGACCUGGUUGAAAUGAAAUGGAGCAGCACCUGCCCACUAGUCACCAAUUGGGUCCAAUUCCUCACCCACGAAGAACGCAAGGGAAUUGACUUGGUGGUCGGUCGCUUCAACCUGAUGGUUAAGUGGAUUUUGUCUGAAAUUGUCUUGACCCGCGAUACCCACGAACGUGCCCGUACCAUCAUCAAGUACAUCCACACAGCCGCCCACGCACGCCGCAUCUGUAAUUACGCCUCUAUGCUCCAAAUCGCUAUUGCUCUAUCUUCGUCCGAUUGUUCCCGUUUGCAGUCGACCUGGGAUCUUAUUCCUCUGGAAGAUAGGCGACUGUUCAAGGAUAUGGAGUGUUUGAUUCAGCCGGUGCGAAACUUCAAUGACUUGCGUGUUGAGAUGGAGACGGCCAAUCUUCAAGAGGGCUGCAUACCUUUCAUUGGUCUAUACGUUCACGAUCUCACCUACAAUGCCCAGAAGCCUGCCCAAGUCAGCAGUGAUGAUGGCGGCCUUCUGGUGAACUUCGAGCGCUAUCGCACAGCGGCACGAAUCGUCAAAAGCUUGCUGCGCCUGAUCGAAGCCAGUACCAAAUACAGGUUUGAACCUGUGCCAGGAAUCGUCGAACGAUGCUUGUGGAUUGCUUGUCUUCCCGAAGAGGACAUUCAAGCUCGCAGCAAAGCACUUGAAUAA